GUUAAGUUUGAGAAAAUUUUUGCACAAUAUUAUUCUUAUUACAGUUAUAAUUUUUUUAUUAAUCAUAUUUUCAUAUUAUAAUACCCAUUGCAACCUUUUCUUUAUGCAUCGCAGACAAAAUUUUUCGCGAACAUCAGAGAUUGAUUAAGAGAAUUUUAAAGAUUAUGAUCGGAGAAAUCUUGAAUUCUUUUUCAUCGAGUGUAGUGCAGCAGCAGUGUCUUUUUUUUUAUUACGUCAGAGUGGUGCGAAACGUACAAGGACAGGCGUACCUGAUUGUCAUUGUCAGGCGUAAUAAUGGUCACCAAGCGACGCGCGUGUGACGUCGUCGUUAGCAAACUCCGGAAGAUAUACAAUUUCUUAAGGCGCACGAAGUUGUUGGAUUUGUUGCCGGGUGGCAAAGCGCUCGACCACGUCCUCUGCGCUCUCGAAAAAUAUACAAAGAGCGUUAAAAUGGUGUCUAUAAAGAAGCUCGGAAUUGGCGGUGGAUGUUCGUUUGUCUUCGGCAUUUUACUCUGGUGCGGGUUCCCAGGACUGAUUAGGUCGCAGAUUAAAAAGGCAAUUGCGCUGAAACCAGGAAGCGAGAUACGCGAGAUGUGGUCGGCGUUUCCGCUACCACUGGACUUCAAGAUCUACUUGUUCAACAUAACCAACCCUAAUGAAAUUGCGGAGGGUAAAAAGCCGAAGUUGCAAGAAGUUGGGCCGUUCUUCUACGACGAGUACAAAUUGAAGUUUGAUCUCGUCGAUCGGGAGGAUGAGGACUCCGUCGAAUACAGCAUGAAAUCCUGGUGGAUCUUCAAUCCUAGCAAGAGCAAUGGAUUGACGGGCGAGGAGAUAAUGGUGUACCCUCAUCUCAUGAUUAUGGGCAUGGUGGGGGCCACCCUUAUAGAAAAGCCCGCCGCGAUCGGGGUCGUCGGCAAAGCCGUCGAUAGCAUCUUCCACAAACCGGACUCGAUAUUCGUGACAGCUAAGGCCAAGGAUAUACUUUUCGACGGUUUGCCCGUCGACUGCACCGUGACGGAUUUCGCCGGAUCGGCGGUGUGCAAUAUACUGAAAACGGAAGCAACAGAUCUGAUACCGGACGGUGAAAAUCGCUACAAGUUCUCUCUUUUCGGCGGAAAAAACAAUACCCCCGUUCCGCAACGUAUGAAAGUUCUACGCGGUAUUAAAAAUUACAAGGAUGUUGGUCGUGUCUUGACAUUCGACGGUAAGCCCGCAUUAGAUAUUUGGCCGGAGGAUCACUGCAACGAGUUCAACGGUACCGAUUCGACGAUCUUCCCUCCUCUGUUUGGACCGGACGACGACAUUGUCUCCUUCGGCUACGAGAUCUGCCGAAGUCUUAGCGCGCAUUACGAGGCCCACACCAAAAUCAAAGGCGUCAAUACUCUCCGCUAUACCGCCGAUUUGGGAGACAUGAGCACGAAUCCUAGGGAAAAGUGCUUCUGUCCGACACCGGAUACUUGUCUGGGUAAAAAUUUGUACGACAUGACGAAGUGUCUGAAGGUACCCAUUAUUGGAUCUCUGCCACAUUUUUACGGUGGUGACGGAACGUAUUUAAAAUUGGUGGAUGGAUUGAAUCCGACUCAGUCGGAGCACGAAAUUGACAUGGAUUUCGAACCGAUGACGGCCACGCCAUUGCGCGCGCACAAACGGCUGCAGUUCAACAUGUUCAUAAAACCAGUGCCGAAGUUCAAGUUGAUGAAGAACUUCCCAGAGGCGCUGCUGCCUCUGUUCUGGGUUGAGGAAGGAAUACUUCUACCCGACGAGUUUGUCAACAAGGUGAAGGUGGUGUUCAAAGUGAUGGCGGUCGUCGGCUUCUUGAAGUGGCUGAUGAUACUUGGCGGGAUAGGCAUGGGCGGCGCAGCCGGAUACUUGCACUACAAGAAUCGCGAUAGUGGCAAACUGGACAUCACGAAGGUUACUCCGAAGACUGCCCAAGGGGAGGACAACAAGGAGAAGAGCUGGCCACCUGGCAUGAACAUCAGCACAAUACAAGCGACGGUGCCGCCCAGCCUCGAUAGAAAUUGAACGCUACUUUUGGGAAAUUUGGUGGCCAAAAUCAGUAUUAACGUCGCGAAAGUCUGUCCCUUCAGUUCCGAAUAUCUUUCUUUAACUAAAAUCAUUUUGAAUGUACAUAAUAAUUCAGCAAUCUUUUUUUAAAUAUGAGCAAGGGCCAUUUUUAAAGAGUAAAGGAUAACGAAUCCUCCCUUUUUACAGAAAUAAAAAAAAAAGAGUUCAAUGCGACGUUAAGUGACUAAAAGGGCUGAAGGGCUGAAAUAAUUGCAAACACGAUGGCCCAUAUUCUCAACUCACUUUCAUCAAUAAAAGCGCUUUCGAGCAUACAGUAAACUAUAUAAUUGAAAGCGCUUUUAUCGAUGAAAAGUGAGUUGAGAAUAUGAGCUAAAAUAUCUAAAUGCUGACAAUUUAAGCCAGCAAACUUGAACAGCGAACAUCGAAUGACAGAGAAAUCUAUUUUUCUUUAAAAGCAAAAGUUAUCUUUCAAGCUGGCGAACAUGUAGAUAAAGAUAUGGUCUUUCUGGAAAAAAUACUAUUGGACUUGCAAAAAAACGGAUUGGAAAUAAUCGAAAAGUCAUUCGAAUCCAAUUUCACCGUUCGUUCCAGUGGUUUUUUCGCCAUAAAGGGUCGAUGCUGUAACCUUAACGAUGUCGUUAUGGUAUCGUUGCGCAGCUGUUACGUACAAAUUAUCAUAAUUAUCAUUAAGGUUACAGAUUAUUCGACCCCUAAUUCCAACAAUAUUUUUUCCACAAGGGAGAUAAGACUCAAUGCGUCAUGUGUAACAUACUUAAUUAUUUAACUACCUCGUUGUAAGAAUGUUACAAAGCGCUCACUUUGUAAUGCACUUGUAAUGUACAGUGUAGAUUAGCGGUUCUUAAUUUUCGCGAUUCGCGGGUCGAAAUCUCGAUUAUAAUGUAUUUAAUAACUUUUUAAGAGCACAUAAAACCACGAGAAUUUUAAAGCGUUUUAUACCGUUGUUAACUUUGGUUUUUAAUAGCGAUUCAAUAUCGGAUUCGUAAAGAUUUAAAAGGCUAAGGGCUCUGCUGCUGCAAGAUAUACACGAAGUUAUAAAGUAAAUUAUAUCUUUAGCAUGCGUUCACUUAACGCUCGCAACGGUUUUGGAAUCAUUUUAUUCUUGUUAUUUAUCAAAUAUUAAAUAAAAGAUGAAUGACGCUCGUUAGCGUUACGUGUGUCAAGUGGAACAUGUCCUUAGUGAAGAGAAAUCGUUUAGAUUUACAAAAAUUUUAAUUAUCUUCUAAUAGAUUAGGUACAAAAAUAUCAAUAACUAUUCUUUAAACCUGAAUCAGUGAACUCUUAUAAAUUUACAGUGUUCUACUUUUACAACUGUGCACCUACAGAAAAGUUUCUUCGAGUUAAAAAAAUAUUUGUUUGGAUUAAAAAAAAUUUUUGCAUUGCGCUAUAGAAAUGUUUCUUUGAUUUGAAGAUAUCUUUUUAGUUGUUACUCUUAUUAGAAUUAAAAAAGUAGUUUGCAACGCAAAUCUUUUUUUUAAAUGCAAGAAAUAUAUUUUUGAAACCAGAACAACUAAAUUAUUUUUAACAUUGCUGUCAGUACUUUCUUUGAAUUAAAAAAUUAUUUGUUAAAGUUAAAUAAAUAAUUUGAACUAAUAUUGUCAUUUUUAUUUUCUUCAUAGGUAUUUUCACUUCUUAACUUAAACGAAAAACCAAGUUAAAGAAACUAUUUCAUUAAUUUAAAUAUAUAAUAAUGUUUCUCUGGGGAAUUAGACAGGGGAUACUCUUGCAAAUUGAAAUCAAUGUAUUGCCAUUGAAAGACAGUGCAUAUAUCUAAUUAGUAUAGUUAAUUAAUAUAGCUGUAAGUUGCUGAAAUCAGACUAUUUCUGUUUUUCAGUGAAUAGUACACUGAUUUUCGAUUUAGAGAGUACCAUCAUUCCACUACACGUAAAGCGAAUAAAACUAGCAAAUACCAUUAAAGAAAUAAUGCUAUCUAAUUCUAUCUAAUAUUUUGUUGAAAUAAAUAAAAUUAAUAAAUUUUUAAACUACUAAAACUGGAA